GCCUACCCAGAAUGCCUAGGACUUCCUUUCUGCCUGAACCGACAUGCCUAAGGGAAAGAAGGCAAAGGGGAAGAAGGUGGCACCCGCCCCUUCGGUGGCCAAGAAACACGAGGCCAGGAAGGUUGUCAACCCCCUGUUCGAGAAGAGGCCCAAGAACUAUGGCAUUGGCCAGGAUAUUCAGCCCAAGCGUGAUUUGACCCGCUUUGUGAAAUGGCCUCGCUACGUCCGCCUUCAGAGGCAGCGCGCCAUCCUCUACAAGCGUCUCAAGGUUCCCCCAGCAAUCAACCAGUUCACCCAGGCUCUGGACCGUCAGACUGCCACACAGCUGUUCAAGCUGGCCCACAAGUACAGGCCAGAGACCAAGCAGGAGAAGAGGCAGAGGCUGCUGGCCCGCGCUGAGCAGAAGGCUGCUGGAAAGGGAGAUACCCCAACCAAGAGGCCCCCUGUUAUCCGUGCAGGUGUCAACACUGUCACCUCCCUGGUGGAGAGCAAGAAGGCCCAGCUGGUGAUCAUCGCCCACGAUGUGGAUCCAAUUGAGCUCGUUGUCUUCCUGCCAGCUCUGUGCCGCAAGAUGGGAGUCCCAUACUGCAUUAUCAAGGGCAAGGCUAGACUGGGCAGACUGGUGCACAGAAAGACAUGCACUUCAGUUGCCUUCACACAAACUAACCCUGAGGAUAAAGGUGCACUUGCCAAGCUUGUGGAAGCCAUCAAGACCAACUACAAUGACAGAUACGAGGAGAUCCGUCGUCACUGGGGAGGUGGCAUCAUGGGCCCCAAGUCCACCGCCCGUAUUGCUAAGCUGGAGAAGGCAAAGGCCAAAGAACUGGCCACCAAGCUUGGUUAAAUUGUUUGGAAUAAAAAAUAUGUAUGUCCUAA